AUGUCGAGUCGCGACCCCCUCUGGUACUGUCAUGAGUGCCAUGCAGAGAUGAGACCACUCAUGGUACCCGAUCCUGUAUGCGCUUCAUGUCAUGGAAGCUUCGUCGAGAAGAUGGAGAAUCCAGCAGAUGAUCCUCGUAACUUCGACAACGACGAUGGAGGCUAUAACUUUGGUCCUGGCACAGCACCUCCGGGCGUGGAUAACUUUCUUAUGGGUCUUCAAUCGCUGCUGGAGAGAGGAAUUAGGAACAACCCACAAAGAACAAGUAAUAGCUCGGUCACAUUCGAAUUGAGAGGACCCAGUGGCGCGAGAACCUUCAGGUUUGGUGGAGCCAAUACACUAGGUGGUCGCCCAGACUCACCUAGCGAGGUCCCAAACAUGUCAGCUUUUUUGCGCUCCGGUCCACUAGAAUAUCCGCCACCUGGACCAGGUGGUCAGGAUCGUGCAACAAUCAAUGGUUCACUCAUGGCUCAGUAUCUAAUGGCUCUUCUUGGACAUCGUGAUCCAGCAUUUUUUGGUAUGCCGGAGAACGGACGAAUGGGCGACUACGUCUUCAGCCAAGACGCUCUCGACCAAAUUAUUACUCAGAUUAUGGAAGGUAAUAAUGCCCACCGCCCCGUUCCUGCUACAGACGAAAUUAUGGCCAAGCUACCCCGGGAGGUUUUGCUCGAAGGAUCCAAGACUCUGGGGCUGGAUUGCGCCGUUUGUAAAGACCAAUUCAAGCUUGGGACAGAGGAUCCAGACGAACAAGUUGUGGUCACCCUUCCCUGCAAGCACUCAUUCCACGAACCUUGCAUUAUGCCAUGGUUAAAGUCCAGCGGAACUUGCCCCGUAUGCCGGUUUGCACUAAUACCGCAGCCAGACCAACACCCACCACCGAACCCGGGCUCGGCAUCAAGUUCUCCUCGGCCCAAUGCGAGCGCCGGUCCAUCCAGCCAUGCUUCUUCCAACCCGGAUCGCAGACCUGAGCCGGGUGGUCUCUUUCACUCGAUCUUUGGCGGUUUAACUGGCCACAGAGACAAUCGACCUCAUAGCAGCGACUCACCUGAUGUACCCGGAAGCUCAAGUGGCUCAAGGUCGCCACCUAGGUCCCCUCCGUUGUUGCAUCCACGGUCACCUCCACGCGAGUCUUCUCAUCGGCGGUCGAAUUCUGACCCGACAAGGCAACGACGAAACAACGGAAACAGCCAUGGUAAUCACCGCGACAACUUUCCUGGCAGUUGGUCAGAAGAGUUGGACUGA